AACGGUCACCGCAUUUUGUUGUUGUGUUGCGCGUUUAAAACUGUAUUGUUAUUUUUUUAUAUUUUCUUUUUUUUUGGCCCAAAUGAGAGCCGGCCAAAAGUGCAGUGUGAGUGCGACUGAAUUCCAGUGAAUACGAUGCGCGGAUCGCAAACACAUUUAAAUAUACAUAUAUGUGCAGUCAGAGCGAGACGGGGCGAAAUAUCAAAUAAAAAUACUGUACGGUGUGUGUGAGCAAAUACUAAUACUACUCAAGCGGAGAACGAAAAUGUGCGUGUGAAAGAGAAGGAGAAUUUCGUGUUUUUAAUUAUAUUUACUGGCUGGCGGCUAUGAGCAAAAAGAACCGAAUUUCAUUGUGGACAAAGGAGAAUGAAAAUUGCCAAGAGGGAAAUCUGUGAAUCCUGGCGAAAACAGACGGCCUCAUCAUGAAUAUACUGCAGAAAAUCGAGGCCAACCAGAUAGAUUGCCCACUGCGGAGGCGGAGACGGUGACGGAGACGGUGCGACAACGUGAUGGAUGGAUGGUGAAAAAAAUGCAAAGAAAAGAGCGCCAAAUUGCUCUUGAAAGUGAAAGAAAUUGCACUGAAAGUGCAGCAAAGUGUUUGCUUAUCGCUCAUCGGCGAUUGAAUCAAUCAGCCUGUUGAUAUUUCAAGUUCAAAAAUGCAAAAGUGCGAUGCUUGUGCGUUGGUGAAUGGAAAGCCAUUGGGAAAAUUGCGGAAAUCGCACUUGAAAUAUACGUAAAGCCAAAUACAAGUGCCUUUGGAGUUGAUUACGUUCAAUUUACCAGAAUCGGGCAGCAGUACGAAACGGAAAUUAGGGCUUGAUGGCCUUUUGAGGCACUGAAGAAAAUAAUAUACGGAAAUCACUAUGGCCAAUCGCAGUAAUUUGAGACUAAGAAUAAUUCUGGCGGUUGCCAAAGGAAGCUAGAAUCGGUAAUCGCUUAAAUUGCCAAUCGGAUAUAGCUGUUAUCAGUCGAAACUGGUUAAAACUUUCCCGCAAAUACAACUGAAAACCGAAAACUAAAACUGAAAGUGAAAUAACCAAUGUAAAACAAGCCAAAACAGAAAAAUGAAUUGAUGUUGCAAUCGAUCGACGGCAAUCGCGCUUAAAUCAACAAUUUUAUACAAAACCAAUGUGGCUGCUAUCGCUUAUCGCUAUUUGGAGAAAUCAGUUGGGCCAACGUUUGUGUGUUUUGGCCAAGCAUAUUUGAGCCACAACAAAUUGUUGUUAUGCGUGUGUGUUGCGCCGGUGCUGCCAUUAUGCAACAUUAUGCCGCAGUUUGAUGAAUCUUUUUUGAGCGACUGUGCGCUGGCCGACCGCUGGCAUUUUUAUUCGUACACGGUCAAGCAAUUGCCACCGCAUCCGAGUCCGAGUCCAAAACCGAAUCGGAAUCCGUAUCUGAACAGUGCCAGCCACGAUGAUCAUCAGCCCCGUCUCCAUCAUCAUCAUCACCACUACAAUCAUCAUCGUCUUUGGAAGACUCAGCGGCAGUCGUGGUCGCCGUUCGACUCCAACAACAAUCACAGCCCAAGCGGCAACUGCAACUGCAGCAGCAGCAGCAGCAGCAACACCUGCAACAGCCUCAAUGCCACCGGCAACACGUUGCAUAGCAUCAAAUUCCACAGACGUCGCAAAUACAAAAAGCUGGCACGAUUGGCGCUAUCAACGCCAGCGAUUCCACUGCAGAUGGAUGUGGAUGUGGAUGUGGACGUGGAUGUGACCGUGGACAGGGAGUUGGAUAUGGAGAUGGACACACCUGUGCCGCUCAAGAAUGCGGUGUGCCACGGCAGCAUCAGUUCUCCAUCCACGCCCGGCGCCUGUUCCAGUGGCAUCGGAGUGGGCGGUGGCGGCUGCAGCAGCAGCAGCAACAACAGCAUCAACAGCGGCAGCUACUCCACCGCCUGCACUCCGCCACCACCCACGCACCACCAUCACUCGCAGCACCAGCAGCUGCAGGGCACGCCUGGAGCAUCUAGUCGGGUUGGCGGAGCAGGGGGAGGAGGUGUUGGAGGUGGUGGAGGCGGAGUGCCACCGGCACCACCCAGUGCCGGAUCCUCGGGCCACAAGAACAGUCUAAAGGGCACCAAGCUAGCACGCCGGGCGCGCUCCUUCAAGGACGACCUCAUCGAGAAGAUUUCCCUAAUGCGUACCACCAACAAUACACUGGGUCGCUCCCACUCGCCGCACAGUCCGCGCACCAAGCACGGCUCCAAGGCGCCGCCCACCACCGAGGAGGUGCAGCGCUCCACCCAAACUCUGGAGACGCACGUCAAGGACAUCUCGAACGCCCUGAAGCACUUCCGGGAUGUCAUACUGAAGAAGAAGCUGGAGGUGUUGCCGGGCAACGGCACGGUCAUUCUGGAAACCAUUGCCAGCAUGUACUCCGUGAUCCAAACCUACACCCUGAAUGAAAACAGUGCCAUCAUGAGCUGCGCCACGCAGCAGGUUUACCAGAGCCUGGGCAAGCUCAUCAAGCUCUGCGACGAGGUGAUGCUCUCCGAGGACAGCGGCGAGUGCCCCUCCCUGAGCAACGAGAAUGUGCGGGAAGUCAUUGAUCUUCUGGAGGAUGCUGUGCGGAAUCUCGUUACGCUGGCGCAGGGCAAGCUGAAGGAGCAGGACCAGUGCGCCUUUCGCUACAGUGGAUCUGGUUUGGGCGGCAUUGGAGCGGCGGCGGAGAUCAUGGGUGCGGUCACCGCCUCGCCGGGAGUGAGUGUUCCCGGCGCUGGAAUCAUGCGCGUCUCAGCCGCCGAAUCAGCUGCCCAGCGCACUUCGUUGCCGGACAUAGCACUAACGCCCAAGGAGCGCGACAUACUGGAGCAGCACAAUGUGAACCCCAUGCGCGGCUCCCACAGCACCGAAAGCAUCCUGCGCGACACGAGUCCACCGCCGAAGCCACCGCUACCCAAUAGGGCCAGUAACCCGCCGCCGUUGCCGCCCAAGCGACGCAGCCAGCCGGGCGCAUCUGCUGGUGCGGGAUCGGGGAUCGGCUGCUCAUCGUCGACAUCCACCUCCAAUCAGGCCAGUCCCCUGCCCUACGCCCAGUCCCAUAAUAUCAGUCUGAACUCGGACCUGGACUGCAGUUCCAAUAUUUCGCUGCUGAACUAUGGCGUGGAUCGUCUCUCUGUGCGGUCGCGGUCACCGGAUGAGAAUAGUCAGUGCUCCUUUGACUCGGCGUUGAAUCACUCACGCGAGGAGGAGGACCACCACCAUCAGCAACAGCAGCAGCAGCAGCUGAGGUCGUUUCCAAAGAUGCCAGCGAUGAUGGACGAGGACAUGGACAAGUUGGUCAGCUACAAAUCCACCGGUUACGCAGGCGCCGCAAUCGAGGACAAAAUGCAGACACCACUUCCGACUGGUGGUGUUGGCGGUGGUGGCGGUGUUGUUGGUGGAACUGGAGGAGCAGUCGAAGGUGCAGCUGCUGCAGCGACUGGUGGCGGGGAAACUAACAGCAAUCGCCUCUCAAACGAAUCGGGUUUCGUGUCGAUGCGCGAGUUUCGCACUUCCACACAGACGACGGACUACAGCAUCCAGUCAUCCACGAAGUCGUCCAGCAGCAAUUCGGACAUUGCGUUUAGCAUCAGUGAGUCGACGGCGGUCGGAAGCAGCGGCGAGUACCAGCAGAUCAGCCAGUCGGUGUUGCACAGCCAGCGUCAAAUAUCCUCGAGCAGCAGCAGCUGCACCACCACAACCACCAGCAGCAGCACCACCACGGGCUACGGCAGCAGCAGCAGCGAACUGGAGCAGCAGCAGCAGACGAUGGCGCCGGCCGAAAUGGCGCCCGCCCUGCCGCCAAAGAGCAUCCAACGGAGCAGCCUAACCCGCCACGAGUCACCCGUAGUGGGUGAUGAGCUGGACGAGGCGCAGUCCUCCUCCGGCUGGGCCAGUCACCGUAGUAGCCAGUCCGAGGUGGCCGAGCUGCGGCAACUGUCGCCGCUCCAUCACCUCAAUCACCAUCCGCACACCGCGUCCGCCGGGCAGCUGCAGCAGUGGCACUCCAAGCACCACAGCCUGAUCGAGGGACCCCGCCUCCAGCUGGCGGGGAGUGGCAGCUGCAGUGCGUUCGACCAGCGCCACUUGGACCAGGAGCCACCGCCGCUGCCCAUGAAGAAGAAGAGCAUUCUGGCGUACAUGGAAAUCUGUUCGGCGUCCACGCGAUCCAUUGAGCAGCACCGCCACACGAUGCACGCCUGCAACAUAAGUCGGAACAUCUCGCACAGCCAGACUAUGAACAUCAUGCCCAUGAGCAAGGAACUGUCGCCGGAGCUCGAGAUGCCGCCUGCCCUGCCGCCAAAGAACUACAAGCAGCGCAAGGCGACAAACAUGGUUGCAUCGCCCACGCUGCAGCCCAUUAUUGUGACCACGCCGCCGCCGAGUCCAAAGCCGGCACUGGGCGAGAAUGGGUCGACGGGCAGGCCGGACAGUCGGAUGGCCACCGUAUGCGAGGAGCUGAACGAUGCAGUGGCCGGCGAGGACGCGAUGCCGGAGCCCCGUUCGCCCGUGCUAGACAGCAAUGAGAAUGUGAGCGAAGUCGAUGAUGGGGAGACCUUCUGCUGUCACUCGCAUCAGCUGCCCGGCGAGAUGAAGAUGAGCGAGGACGCGAUCAGUGCCGACCAGCCGAUAACCACGCCGCAAGUGCUGGAGGAGCAAGAGGAACCAGCGGUGGAGGCCCGACCAUUGGUCGCUGUGCACGAGGCUGGUAAGCCAGAGAACGCCGACGAGGAGGAGGAGGCGGAGCGAGCGGAUAUGCUGAUCAACAUGCUGGAAGAGGUCAACAUCACACGGUACCUGAUACUCAAGAAGAGGGAGGAGGACGGGCCCGAGGUGAAGGGCGGCUACAUAGACGCCCUCAUCGUGCACGCCAGCCGUGUCCAGAAGGUCGCCGACAAUGCAUUCUGUGAGGCCUUCAUCACCACCUUUCGCACCUUCAUCCAGCCGAUCGACGUGAUCGAGAAGCUGACCCAUCGCUACACAUACUUCUUCUGUCAAGUGCAGGACAACAAGCAGAAGGCCGCCAAGGAGACCUUUGCGCUGCUGGUCCGAGUCGUCAACGACCUAACGUCGACGGAUCUUACCAGCCAGCUGUUGAGCCUGCUGGUGGAGUUCGUCUACCAGUUGGUUUGCUCUGGUCAAUUGUACUUGGCCAAGUUGCUGCGCAACAAGUUCGUGGAGAAGGUGGCGCUGUACAAGGAGCCCAAGGUGUACGGCUUUGUCGGGGAGUUGGGCGGAGCCGGCGGUGCUGCCGGAGCGGGAAUCGCUGGCAGUGGUGGAUGCAGUGCAGCUGGGGGAGGAAACCAGCCUAGCCUGCUGGACCUCAAGUCGCUGGAGAUUGCCGAACAGAUGACGCUGCUGGAUGCGGAGCUGUUCACAAAGAUCGAGAUACCCGAAGUAUUACUAUUUGCCAAAGAUCAGUGCGAGGAGAAGUCGCCCAACCUUAACAAGUUCACCGAGCACUUCAACAAGAUGUCCUACUGGGCGCGCUCCAAAAUCCUGCGACUACAGGAUGCCAAGGAGCGGGAGAAGCAUGUGAACAAGUUCAUCAAAAUCAUGAAGCAUCUGCGCAAGAUGAACAACUACAACUCAUAUUUGGCGCUGUUGUCGGCCCUCGAUUCGGGCCCCAUAAGAAGAUUGGAGUGGCAAAAAGGCAUCACCGAGGAGGUGCGAUCCUUCUGCGCCCUCAUCGAUUCCAGCUCCAGUUUUCGCGCCUAUCGACAGGCGCUGGCCGAAACUAAUCCGCCCUGCAUACCCUAUAUCGGCCUAAUUCUGCAGGAUCUGACGUUUGUGCAUGUGGGCAACCAGGACUACCUGUCCAAGGGCGUCAUAAACUUCUCUAAGCGCUGGCAGCAGUACAACAUAAUUGACAACAUGAAACGUUUUAAGAAAUGUGCCUAUCCAUUUCGACGCAACGAGCGCAUUAUACGCUUCUUUGAUAACUUCAAGGACUUUAUGGGCGAGGAGGAGAUGUGGCAGAUUUCCGAGAAGAUCAAGCCGCGUGGCCGCCGCCCCGUUAACUAUUAGUCUUCAAGCAGCAACAGCAAAACACCAAUAUUAUAUUGUAUGAAAUAUAUACACCAUAUUAAUUAAACAGUGCAAACGGUUGCCACGUCUGGAUGGAGCAUCAGGAGCACCAGGAGCAGCCGACAACUAUUCUAAUGGGUCUGAGCAAUAAUGUUCGCUAUUCUCUGUCUAUAUAUACAAUUAUACAAGAUAUCUAGAUAUAAUUACAAGCCGAUGCCGGAUCGGACAUACAUUUACUUACUUAAGAUGUAGCGAUUCAGAUACGGAUACACGUAGCCGCGUACAAAUAACGAGCCGAUCUGUAGUUUAACUAUUAAGCUCUAUGACGGUUGGGCACUGACCCAACCUCAGCUAACUCUCCCCACCAAUAUUCGAAUCCCUGUCUACGAGUCCCCAACAUUUUUCCCGGACUUUUGCCAGCACUAGAACACCAAACUUACUAUACUUACCACCAGAGACAACCAAGAAAUCAAGAAAUCAGCAAUGUUCGCUUUUGUUUUGAGAUCUCUUUUUACACAAGAACACAACGAAUUUUGAAAACAAGCUACGCGAAGGUAGAGGCCAACCGACAAACUAUAUUCGACGAUAUAUGUAGCGAUAUCUCGGACUAUAAAUCGAUGCAAUCCACGAGCAGAACACCAAGCAACCCCUAGCACAAGCGCGUUAUAUAUGCAAUUCUCUAAAAAAAACAACCAAUAUAAAAUACCCGUGUGUGUUAGAUGUUAAUGAAAUUGAACUCAAAAUCAAAAUCAGAUUUCAGAGUGCACGAAGCAGAAAACAGAAGCGGUAUCGAUCAAAUCAAUCAAAAAUUCAUUUGCAACUCAAUUAAUUGAAGAAACUUUUAAAGUUACAAAAAGGAGAGGAAUCUGAACCUGUGGGAGAUUAACUAAAUUCAAUUUGCUUUUAAAUGUACGAGUAACAUUAAAAAAAUAUUUAUGGGCAUGUAAUAAUAGUUCUAAAUAAAGCUUUGACUUCUCCUUUCAAUUCUGUGAGGAAUAAAUUUAUUGAUAUUGCGUGUAAAAAUAUUAAUCGUAAAGCAGAGUUAAAACUGAAUGGAAUCAACCUCAAGUUGUUUUUUUUACUAAGAAAUACUCUGUCUCGUCUGAGAAUAUUGUCUUCUUAUUUAGAAAUGGGAAACAGAAAAAAAGGCUGCUUACUUGAAGAAUUUAAUUCCCGAUCACCAUAGCCAUUUUAAUGAAAACUCAAUUUUAAUUUGCGUUUAGUGAAUUCGACCUUCUUUUUGCUGCUGCUUCCGCUGCCGCUGGCGCAUAAAUUAUGUUUACUAAGCUAACGAACCUAAGGACAACAAUUAAUUCUUUUUUUUUCA